AUGGCCAAACGCUUCCGCCUUCGUCUUUCCCGCGUCAUCACGUCCUUCCAGAGCUGCCGCACUAAGGAUGACGCCGGCGUCACCGAUACUACCACCCCCUCCUUCCGUCUCUCCCCCGUUAACCACAAGGCGCUCGACAUCGACUUCCCUCCGCCGCCGUCUCCCGCUGCCCCGGCGUUCCUCCGCCGACACCCGCCCGUCGUCUCCGCCGCGUGCGGCUGCCGCCCCUCCCGCCGCGGCGGCCACUUAUCUGCCGCCGGCGACGAGGCCGACGACCUCGCACUCGCCCGAGGAACCCCGGCGUACCUCUGGCGGAAGGACGAGAAGUGGCACGUCGUCGCCUAUGCCGCCGGCGGCGGCAACGGCGAUGAUUUUGCUUCCUCCCCCCGCCGGAAGAUCGAUUCCGACGACGGCGGGGACAUCUUCCCGCCGGUGGCGAUGGCGCGUGCGAGGCGGAGGGAGGUGGAGCGGCGCCGCCUGCGGCGGCGAGCGGAGGCGAGAAGAUCGUCGCGAUACCGAGCGCGGGUGAGCACCUCAUCGGCGGACAGCGGGUGGUUCAGCAGCGAUGGGGACGAGGAGAACGACGAGCGGGAGGGCGGCGAUAAUUUCGACAAGGAGGACGAGGACGACGACGACGACGAGACGGAGACUUUGGUCUCGUCGACGGACAACUCGUCAGAUAACGUGCUUCGGCGGAGAAGAAUGACGAGGCGGCGGAAUGGGGAGGUGGUGAAGUGCUUACCGUCGCCGGAGGGGGCGGCAGCUGCGGUGCUGCGGAGGCUGGUGCCGUGCGGGGCGGCGGCGAUGGCCGAGGGGAAGGUGAGGGAGAGCUUCGCGGUGGUGAAGCGGUCGGAGGACCCGCGGGCGGACUUCCGGCGGUCGAUGGCGGAGAUGGUGGUGGAGAAGGAGAUGUACGAGGCUGGGGACCUGGAGCAGCUGCUGCACUGCUUCCUAUCUCUCAACUCGCGGCGCCACCACGGGGCCAUCGUGGCGGCCUUCUCGGAUAUCUGGGACGCGCUCUUCCCCGCCACCGCCACUCCGGCCGCCGCGGCCCCAACUUUUCCUAAAAUUAGUUAUAAGUAG